CACCAACAUGUGUAUUCCCCAUUGCAAUUAACAUUUUAUGACCCAUGCACAUCAGCAACAACACGUGUACUCCCUAACAUUUUACGUCUUCAGCGACAACAAUUACCUUGUACAUGAAUUUUAAUUUGUGUUGCACAAUCAACACAUACUGAAAGCUUAGCCUAGACUGGUAAAGAUCAUGCAUGUGGAUAUUAUAUAAUAUUGAUAUAUUAUCAUUCUUGCACACAAUGCAAUGUGCAUGCAUGUCAAAGAUGGCUAGUUGUGAAGAAUAUAAAAACAUCUUCCUUCAAGAUUUUAAGGCAUAUCAGAUCUUGGCUCUCACUGUUCCACAGAACUUGACUGUGUGGACUGAAAAAGACUUAGCAUGGAAUGUUAUCUUCUAUGUGUACAGUGCAGUACUAGCUGUAGCUUUCCUGGGUCUGGGAGUUGUGUCAACAUUGCUGCUCUUCAAGAAAAACUGUGUCAGACUACAAAGUAAAAUAUUUGUUACUGUAUAUACAUGCAUCGCUGUUCUCAGUUUCAGUCGUGCAUUAUGGUUGGCAUUAGAUCCAUUUGGACUAGUUGGAUUUAUCGCCACAUCGUUUCCUGGCUGGUUUAUCAUAUCGAGAAGUAUCGAGGCUCUUGGAUUCCCAAGUCUGAAUGCAAGCUACACACUGAUGAUUGUCGCCCUAUUAAAAAUCAACACAAAACCAGGAGUGCCGUGGCAUCACCAGUGGAAAAUCAUACUGCCCGUGGUGUUUGUCAUUUUUAUCAUUGUGAUUGUUACCGAGGUUAUUGCCAUGUCUGUACACUAUCAAGGUAUAAUAGCAAUCCUAGUCUGCGAAUUUCUUUUGGCAGUUGCAGGUGUAGUAGUUUGUGUGCUAUUCUUGUUCGCUGGAAAUCGAGUGCUACGAAAACUCAACCAAUCAGAGACAAAAUCAAUGCGUUUGUCAGAUGGAUCCUCAUCGACUUUAGAGCCCAACACUGCUGAACGUAAGCAGAUAUUUGCUAACAAAGAGUUGCAGCGACAUCAAGCUAAAACUAAACGAACCAAACAAAAAAUUGUGACUAUCACAUAUGCUACUGUUGUAUUUUCGAUCCUGUACUCUCUGAUAACAGCCGGAAGACCAGUUCUAACCGCACAUCUGUUUUUUGGUUCAUGCUUGGGAUAUCACGGACAGCAAGGUCCUUCUUCAGCUUGGUUGGUGCUGGAAAUCAGCCAGAGGGUGACUGAGGUAGUGCUAGCGUUGAUUCUACUCUACUCCAUUACUGAUAUUACAGUUGUAAAGACAAUCAUCUGUUUACGACGUCAGCAAACUAUAGACCCUUAGUGUAUAGACUUAUGUACGUGUACAUGUACAAUUACUCUAGGGUAACUGAGGUAGUGCUCUACUCUACUCCAUUACUGACAUUACAACAAUCUGUUUACGGACAUCGGCAAAGCUAUAGACAUUAUAGCUCAGUCUGUAUGUGCAUGCAUGGAUGUGUGUAACUCGCAUAAAAUCCUAUACGGCUAUAUAAUUAUACUUGCUACAUAAUUAUAUAUACACUAAUUAAUACGGACACCUGUAUAACAUUAUUUACAUGUCAAAGUAAAUGCUAGGUGCAUGGGUAAAGAUCAUUAACUCAAUUUCCUUUAACUGACAGAUGUGAGUGGAAUUGGCACAUGCACAUCUUAUGUUUAGUCUAUGAUAUUGGAAAGUUAAGAUAGUAUAUCUGCAUGUACAGCAAUAUAUUUAUGCUCACAUGAAUUUAGUCGAGUAUAGAUAUACAUUCAGUUAUAAGCUUGUAGACAAACUCACAAUGGUACUGUGCUUGCUGUUGCUGCUUUAGGAGGAGCCGGUGGACAGCAAUCAUUGCUCAGCUGCAAUUUUAAAGGGACCAUGCAUCUCAGCUGCUGGAAGAAACCACAGGAGGCACAGCUGUCUUCACAUGCACUGUGUUUGGUGCUACGUACUGAUCCGAGAACGCAGUCAUCCCGUCCUUGUCGGUAUCUCUUCAAUACAGAAUUUUCUGGAAUAUACAAGCACCUGGUCUUGACCUCUCUCUUUUGCAAGGAGACUUGCAAAUGAUAUUUUCAACUUCUGAUUUACUGCCACAAUUACGAAACAAAGGAGUGAUUAUUUCCACAAACUGCUUGAGUAGAAUCUUUUUUGAUGACUACAGACACCAGGCUGAAGAAAGAUUAGCCUCGGAGCCGGCUGAUUUUUGCUUGAAUGAACUGUCCUGUAGUGGUACUAUCGCCAUUCCGGUGAAUAGUGUUGCCAACAACACUAAAAUAACAUGUGGGGUAUAUUCAACUGAUUGCAGAGAAGACCCUUUCAACUUGGAGAAUGACGAGGUCUUUGUAAGUAAUGAGGGGAGACUGGUAGUUCGAGAUCUACUACUGGCAGUAUGACCCUCCAAGCAGAACCACGUAUAUCAUUGGAAGUGCAAUUGUGGUUGGUGCCGUCACUUUAACCCUUCAGCCACUGUGGCCUGACUCAACACGGGCUGGUGUGUGGUAUGCCAGUAUGGGCCUCUUCGGUGUGAUGGGGUUUCUUGUCCUCCUUAUCAUAGCGAGAUGGUUUGUAUUUGGAUUGGUGCAAGUGUUCACUGCUGGAAAGCUCCACUUUUGGGUUAUGCCUAAUCUGGACAAUGAAAAAUGUGGAUUUUUUGAAUCAUUCCAUCCCCUAUACUCCGUCGAGUGGAAAAAAAAAGAACCAAACAGAAAACGAUAAAGACACGCAAGAGGUCUCUGAUGACAAUAAAAAUAGAGGAACAGAAAUAGAACUGAAAGAGGCUUCUGAAGACUCUUAAGGCUAGUAUUUAUUUAUCAUUUUGAGACAUAAAAAUUAAUCAUCUUAGGCUAUGUUUAUAUCACCUAUUAUUUUUGUCUCGCUCUCAACAAUUGAUCGUAUUAACCUGUAUCUCAGUGCUGUGAUCAGUAUGUUAGUUGUCUGUG